UAUUUUUCAAUUUGAGGUCUGACAUGAGCACUUGGGAGUUUCACAAAAUAUUUUAAAGAAAUAGUACUUCUUUUGUACCACCAACUCCAAAAAUAAGAACUCAGUUCACUUUAAAUUUUUACAAAUGAGAAAUUAGGUCGAAGGUGUAGUCGUGCGCUUCAACUAUUUUUUUUCAACGCGGAAAAGGAACUAGCCAUGACCGUUUCCGCACGGACCAUAUAGCAAGUCGUACCGUUGUUACACGUGCAGUAAAUGGUGCAACGUUCUUGUUUAUGUAGUCUACGCCGUAAAACUUAUGGCGUCCCCUGCUCUACAAAACGACAGCGAUGACGACGACGUUUUCGCAGAAGCCUUUACGCGUUACAAAUAUAAAAAUGCAUUCAAUGAAGACACAUGGGAAGAGGAGUUUGAUAAAAUACCCAUGUUCAUGAAAACAGUACCUGAGGAGAUUGACCCCAAAGAAUAUCCAGAGCUGGCUCAUAUCCAGGCUAUUAUACACGAUGAAGAUAGGACACCAGAAGAAAAAGCACAAAGUUUGAAGAAUGAGGGCAAUGAAUUUUUCAAAGAGAAGAACUACCAAAAGGCUGUAGUGGCGUACACGGCCGCUUUACAGAAUAAAUGCGGUGACCAAGACCUGGAUACUGUUCUUCUCACCAACAGAGCGGCGGCACACUUUCAUCUUGGCAACAUGCGAUCUGCACUGAAUGACGCCAAAGCCGCAAAGAAGAUCAAUCCAGAGCAUCUUAAAGCCUUAAUUAGAGGUGCUCAGUGUUGCAUUGAGUUGCGCAACUUUGCGACAGCCAUUCAGUGGUGUGAAGAGGGUCUUAAAGUUCAUCCUACAGACAAGAAGUUGCAAGAACUGAGAGCAGCAGCAGACAAACACAAGAGGGCAGCAGAGAGAGAUGCCAGGAAGGCCAAGGUCAAAGAAAAGAAGUUAAAUAAUGAGAAAGAGGCUCUUGUGGCUGCUAUCAAGGAGCGAGGCAUCAAGCUCCUCCAGUCUUUGAAGCCUCGUCAGCCGGAUUCAAGCGGCGAGGAUGACGACGAACGGUCUUCGACUGCAAUAGCCGAGCUGAGCCUGGACGGUCUGAGCUCACACGAGGCCACGGGGGCUCAGGUCUUCCUGGAUGAGCAGAACUUGCUGCACUGGCCUGUGCUGUUCCUUUAUCCGGAACAUCAGCAGAGUGACUUUAUCUCUGCUUUCUGUGAGAACAACGGUUUUUUGGAUCACUUUGCUGUCAUGUUUGGGGAAGAGCUCCCACCUUGGGAUGUGGACCGAAAAUAUCACCUUCAAAAUUUGCAGCUGUUCUUUGAGGAUGAGGAGAGGGAGACGCUCUACAAAAUUGACCCUGAAACAACACUUUUAAAAGUGAUGCAACACAAAAGGUUUUUUGUCAAGAUGGGUACGCCCAGCUUCAUCAUUUUGGUGAAUGGUUCGUCAUUCUGGAAGCAGUAUUUAACAGGAAAGAAAAUCAGAGGAUUGUACACAAUACUUUAAAAUACAUAUAUACAGUAUCUGAGAAUUCUCUCAUAAAGACUUUGUUUGCUCUAACAAAGUUGGCCCUGUGGGAACAGGAGCAGAAGUCAGCAAAUAGUCCUGUAUAGUCACAAUCGGGGUCACAACUUUGUUGAAACUGAGGGCUACUUUUUCAGUACUGAUUAAUACAAAGGGAAACCAGUUUGAUACACACUUCUGAAAUGUGCUCAAAUGAUUUUCAUUCUUCGCAAUUAUAUUCGUUGAUGUGAAGACACUGAUCUUGUUAAUAAAUGAUCACUAUCAACAGUGAUUUUAAAGGGUAGGAAACAGAUAAAUAUCAAUCUUUCACAACUUAUUUCACUACCUUUGUUUGUUUUCAUUUUUUAAAAUGAUCAUGUGUACAACAUUCCUUGGUAAUUACAAUGGCCCACCUCUGGUGAGUGAAGAACAGGCCCGUAGGCUACUCAUGUGUUCGUUGGGGGUCUACUUGUUGCCCAUGGGCUCCGUGUUGGUGACCCUGAGGUACAUUAUUAUGGGAAGAAGUAGAAAAGUUGUUGUAGCUUGAGCAAAGCAUUCACAGUGAAGAAAAAAGGAAUUUGAACACCCAGCUAUAUUGCAAGUUCUCCAACAUUAAAAUCAUGGAGGGGUCUGACAUUUUCAUCGUAGGUGCAUGUCCAUUGUGAGGGAGAGAAUAAAAAAAGAAAAAUCCAGACAUCACAAUGUGUGAUGUUUUUUUUAACGAUUUAUUUUUGUGAUAAGGCUGCAAAUAAGUAUUUGAACACCUGUCUAUCGGCUAGAAUUCUGACCCUCAAAGACCUGUUAGUCCACCUUUAAUAGUCCACCUCCUCUCCAUGUAUUAUCCUGAAUCAGAUGGACCUGUGUGAGGUCGUUAGCUGCAUAAAGACACCUUUCAACCUCAUACAAUCAAUAAGACUCAAACUUGUAACAUGGCCAAGAACAAAGAGCUGUCCAAAGACACCAGAGACAAAAUUGUUUAACUCCACACGGCUGGAAAGGGCUACGGAGAGAUUGCCAAGCGGCUUAGUGAAAAAAAGGUCCACUGUUGGAGCAAUCAUUAGAAAAUGGAAGAAGCUAAACAUGACGGUCAAUCUCAAUCGGAGUGGAGUGGAGGAAGAUAUCACCUCGUGGGGUUUCAAUGAUCCUUAGAAAGGUGAGGAAUCAGCCCGGGGCUACAUGACAGGACUUGGUCAAUGACCUGAAAAGAGCUGGGACCACCGUUUCCAAGGUGACCGUUGGUAAUACACUAAGAUGUCAUGGUUUGCAAUCAUGCAUGGCACGGAAGGUUCCCCUGCUUAAACCAGCACAUGUCAUGGCCCGUCUUAAGUUUGCCAGUGACCAUUUGGAUGAUACAGAGGGGUCAUGGGAGAAGGUUUUGUGGUCAGAUGAGACCAAAAUGGAAUUUUUUGGUCAUAAUUCCACUAACCGUGUUUGGAGGAAGACGAAUGAUGAGUUCCAUCCCAAGAACACCAUCCCUACUGUGAAGCAUGGGGGUGGUAGCAUCAUGCUUUGGGGGUGUUUUUCUGCACAUGGGACAGGACGACUGCACUAUAUAAAGGAGAGAAUGACCGCGUCCAUGUAUUGUGAGAUUUUGGCGAGCAACCUCUUUCCCUCAGUCAGAGCAUUGAAGAUGGGUCGUGGCUGCGUCUUUCAACAUGGCAAUGACCCGAAGCACACAGGCAGGAAAACCAAGGAGUGGCUUCGUAAGAAGCAUAUCAAGGUUCUGGCGUGGCCUAGCCAGUCUCCAGACCUAAACCUAAUAUAAAGUCUUUGGAGGGAGCUGAAACUCCGUGUUUCUCAGCGAGAGCCCAGAAACCUGUCUUAUCUCGAGAAGAUCUGUGUGGGGAAGUGGGCCAAAAUCCCUCCUGCAGUGUGUGCAAACGUGGUGAACAACUACAGGAAACAUUUGACCUCUGUAAUUGCAAAUAAAGGCUAUUUUACCAAAUAUUAACAUUGAUUUUCUCAGGUGUUCACAUACUUUUUUGCAGCUAUAUCACACAAAUAAAUCCUGAAAAAAAGCAUACAUUGUGAUUUCUGGAUUUUUCUUUUUAGAUUGUCUCUCUCACAGUGGACAUGGGACAUCAAAAUUUCAGAUCCCUCCAUGAUUUCUAAGUGGGAGAACUUGCAAUAUAGCAGGGUGUUCAAAUACUUAUUUUCUUCACUGUAGAAUGAAAACCAAACUCAGUACAACAGAGCUUGGCCAAAGUCAAACAGUUGUGUACCGCCAUAAAAGUGAGUUCUGGAGUACUGUAUUUUUUGCCAUUGCAGCUUUUAAGAUGUCACUAAAUGAAUCUGAAACAAGAUAAACAAGGUAUGCUUGGA